AUGUGCUCUGGUCCUGUUGGUGCAAGCAUAAAUAUGGACAAUAUAAAGGAGACCGUGGUAUUACAUCCACUCAGUUUGAGGGACUCUACAGGCUUAUAAAGUGCCUUGUUCCUGUUGGUUUGCAUAAGUAUUGCAUGCUCUAUGGUCUGUUAAAAUCAUUUCUCACUUAUAAGGCCAAUCAGCCUUAUUAAUUAAUAAGUUUUUUGCUCUAUUGCUUUGUCUUUUAUUGUCAUAACGAUAUUCUUUUUAACAGCCAUUUGUAGGCGAUGCCGUACUCAGUUAAAAGUAGAGAUGGAAUCAAGCCCCUCAUACACUGACUGAUAUAGCACAAGAAUGUACUCAAAAUGUACAAAGAGUUACUUCUGAGGAUACUGAAAUAACUCAAGUACAUACAAUAUUUUUGUUGUUUGUUUUGUUCUAUAAGACCAACGUCAUUAACUAUAACUGCAUGGGGCUGAACUAUGCAUCUUGGUAUAUUACAUAUGCUUCGGAUCAUAAAACAAACAGGGGAUAAGGUACUAUUCAAUAGAAAGUUUAAAAAUAUACUACAAAGUACUUAGGUCAGUUAAGGUACCUUGGAGCUUUGCCUCUUCUCUUAAUGGUCUUGCUUGUUCCAUCUCAAGCUAAGCUUAUUUAGUGAUGCUGUUUCCUUGCAGGAAAUUCAAGAAGACAGAAACAAUAUGGAAAACCUAUGACGGAAUCAAUCGGUCAACCCAAAAAGCGGUGGGAAGAACUGACCACACGCAGUAAACAUCUUGAACAAAUGUAAUUGUGUCUGCCUUGCAGACAAAAGCAACAAAUGUAAUUGUGUCUGCCUUGGAAGUGAUAAUACCUGGCGAUGCAGCAAGUAUUUGGGAUGCUAUUCAGACGUCACAAAGUGUCGAAAAGGCUCUUGGAAUUUCACAACCAGCUGAUAGGAAAUAUCUAGAAGCACUGGCUGAGACCUACCAGAAUGCCACCAGCUGGGACACCCGAAGACAGAUCUUAGGAAUAAUUGCAGAUCUGGUACCUUUCUCUCAGAUCCAGAAAUUUAUCCCUGGUAUAACGGAAUAUCGUUUUAAGCAAGCCAGAUUGCAUAUUCUUAAGUAUGGGCAUGGGGUGCCAGUGCCAGUGAAGAGAAGUCCCAGAAUGAGAUUAGACGAGUGCCAGUUGGAUCACUUCCUUUCCUUUAUAACCAGUCCUCAUGUUGUACAAGACCUACCAUUUGGCCAACGAUACCUCCAGCUAGCAAAUGGCCAAGUCCUAGAAUGUCCAAACGUAAUUCGAUCAAUGAUUCCACAAAGAAUUGUAAUGCAGUACACACAGUUUUGCAAAGAAGACGAAACCAAACCAUCGAGUCCCUCAACCGCAUUACGAAUUUUGUCAGUUUGCACAGCAACUGUACGAAAGUCUUUGCAGGGUUUGGAUUAUAUUUCAGCUGAUGGGGCGAAGGCAUUUGAUGAUCUGGCUGGGUUACUCACAAAGCUCGAAAACCAUGGUUGUGAUCAAGUGUUGAUCAAUUCUUGUGAAGCAGCAUUAAAAGCUGGAAAACAAUAUAUUAAAACUGACUACAAGGUAAUCAUUUUCUACCACAAAACCUUUGCCUGUGAUUUAUUAGAAUAG